CGCAAACAAAACGUCGAUCUUCCCUCUCCACUCCGCCUCGCACACAUACACAUAUACACACUACAACCACGCACUCUGCAGCUCAAGCCUCCCUUCACCGUAAUAUCUCGCCAUUCAACGCUGCCAAAAUGCAUCGCACAUACUCUAUGAGACAAUCGCGCGCCCCUACGGCGUCGCAAAUUCAGAAUCCACCCCCUCCGUCGUCGUCGACGAAGACUGGACGCUUCUUCGGCAAGGGAAAUUUCGGUCACACAUUCCGCCGCAAUGCCGCAGGUGCCUUUGGCCCCGACCUUGCCAAGAAGCUCUCGCAGUUGGUCAAGAUGGAGAAGAAUGUCAUGCGCAGUAUGGAACUAGUUAGCAGAGAACGAAUGGAGGUUGCUCAACAAUUGUCCAUUUGGGGCGAAGCAUGCGACGAUGACGUAUCCGAUGUCACCGACAAGCUCGGUGUCUUGAUUUACGAGAUUGGUGAGCUAGAGGAUCAGUUUGUGGAUCGUUACGACCAGUAUCGUGUCACGAUCAAGAGUAUUCGCAACAUUGAAGCCUCUGUUCAGCCUAGCCGUGAUCGCAAGCAGAAGAUCACCGAUCAAAUUGCGCAAUUGAAGUACAAGGAGCCCAACUCCCCAAAGAUUGUGGUCCUCGAGCAAGAACUUGUGCGUGCCGAGGCCGAGUCGCUUGUUGCCGAAGCCCAGCUAUCCAACAUCACCCGAGAGAAGCUCAAGGCCGCAUUCACUUAUCAAUUCGACGCUCUGCGUGAGCAUUGCGAGAAAUUGGCUAUCAUUGCGGGCUUUGGCAAGCAUCUCCUGGAGCUGAUUGACGACACCCCAGUUACUCCUGGUGAGACCAGAAAUGCAUAUGAUGGUUACGAAGCCAGCAAAGCUAUCAUUCAAGACUGCGAGGACGCUCUUACAAACUGGGUGCAGCAGAACGCUGCUGUCUCAUCCAAGCUUUCUACUCGUUCUCGCACACUCUCUCAGCGUCGCCGCAAUGCCGCUCGUCGCCAGGGAGAAGGUGUUGAUCUCUCGCACCAGGACGCGCCUCUGGAUAGCAGAGAAUCAGGCCUCUGGAUUCCGGCUUCCGAGCACCAAGGCAAUGGUUACGAGGACGAGGAAGAUGUAGAUGCGCCAUCUACCAUUGGUACCGAGACCCGUGGCCGAGAGGACGAGAGACAAAUCGCUGCUUAGUUGAAGCCUUUCUCGACCUUGUAAUGUCUGCAGUCCCAUUGCGCUAGGACUAUGUCAGCGUCAGUAAUGAUGUAUACCCCUGGCGCGAAUCUAGGCGAAUAGGGCACAACUUUGGCUAGGUGUUGGGGGCUUGUGCGGUAUAAAUUCUCACUUUGGCUAGCCUGUAUUACUGUUCAGUGUUGGUUUUGAUGUGCACACGUUUGAUGUUUAUUUCACGACUCUGUCGCCUAAUGAGCGAAUGCGGCUCGGGGAGAGAUUCUCAAAAGGAGAGCUAAUACAUAUAAUUGAAUGUUUUGACCUGCAGGCAAUAUGGCUACUUCCGAAUGACUGAGUUUGUUUU